GGGAAAUGAAAUUGGUGCAGAAGGAGCAAAACAUAUUGCAAUGAGCUUAGAAAAGUGUCAAAAUAUCACUUCUUUGAAUCUCAAUCUUGAGGAUAACAACAUUGGUGCAGAAGGAGCAAAACAUAUUGCAAUGAGCUUAGAAAAGUGUCAAAAUAUCACUUCUUUGAAUCUCAAUCUAUGGUAAUUUU